CGAGCCGUCGAACCACCAUUGGGCUAGGGUUUAAGGGAAAAAAAAAAGCAUCUCGCGCUCUCCGCGGCGUGUCCAGCUCCCACCCCCGCCGUCUCCAUCUCUCUCCCCGGCCCUCUCCAUCUUGCCCCCUCCUCUCCGCCAUGGGGGACAAGAAAGUCGCGUCGGGCUUGGGGAUUAGGGAGGGCGAGGGCUCGCGUGUUGCCUCCGAAGCGGUCACAAAGGUAGUACCAUUGACGGGCUCGGGCUCGGGCUCGGACUCGGGCUCGGGCUCGGCGGAGGCAUCGGCAUCGGCAUCGGCGGUGGCCGAGGUCUCCGUCCAGGCGGCGCCGGCGGUGGCCGAGGUCCCCGGCGUGGGGAACGACCCGCCAUCCGCAGACGAUCUGAUUUCGAAAAGACUCCGAGCCAUACGAAAGAAGAUCAAAUAUGCGACUUCCAUUGAGGAGAUGAGUGCUGCAGGAAAGGCUAUAAACGAAGAUCAGAAGAAAAAGAUGGAACUAAAGCCAGCGUUCAAAAUGGUAGAAGAAGAACUGAAUAACAUCUCGCUGAUGCUUUCUUCAGGAAAGCUCCUCUCACCAGGCCUCCAACAGAGGACACAAUCACCACCACCCCAAGCCAUCACCAAGGAUGUCAAGGUGCCUCCGCCCCUAGGCCCCGAUCAGGCCUCUACCGUGAAUGUCACUGGGUCGACAUCCACUGCACAGGACCCAGUCCCUCCUCUCAGCAAGGUGGAACAGUUGUGCGAGGUGCCUCCGCCCCUAGGCCCCGAUCAGGCCUCUACCGUGAAUGUCACUGGGUCGACAUCCACUGCACAGGACCCAGUUGACCCAGUCCCUCCUCUCAGCAAGGUGGAACAGUGGCAUGAAAAACUAAAGGGAGGUAAGGUUCUUGAUUAUAAGCAAGUUACAAUGGCACAAGGAGAUGUGGAAGUGGCAAAACACUUCGGGAACUUUUUGGCUAAUUUCCCUGCUGGAGCACCAAAACCCUAUUACCACUGCCAGUUGGCUGCGAUGGUUGAAGGUUCUGGAUCUAAUGUUCUACUUGUGCCAUAUGAACACCUUGGAAGAUACUCAAGGAACCUUGCUAUGGGAGUGUGCAGCCAUUAUAAGAGGUUAAAGAAACAUUUAACUAGAGCUGCAAGAAAAUAUAUGGUGGAGUCCUUUCCACAGGAACCAGAAUUAGCCAAGAAACUCACUCUAAAGUUUUUGGAGCUCCCAAUGAGUCAUCAAACGUUUGAACUGUUUCUUGAUUCCAUCACUCUGGUAAAAGAAAUGAAAGUCUUUGGCGAGAAGCGUUCCACAGCAAUACCGACUCCAGCUGCCUGCUCCAUGCUACAGAAAAUACUCUGGGAAAUGACAAAAAACCAUAUGAGAGGUUUUUCCUGGGACGGAGAAUUUGGAAUUUCAGACAUUGAGGUCUUCAAUGGAAGAAGUUUUCUGUUUUGCAAAUCUCCGCAAAGGAUUGCUGGCCGAGAUAAGUUGUUAAGAGCAGCUAGAAAAGAUUUCUUGCGUUUUGCAGAGUCUAUUCUAUCAAAGUUGCCUUCCAAGAAGUACUUCAUUCCCUUCUUUAUGGAAUUUGAUACGAUGCUAAGAAAAAUGAAGCAGUUUCCUUCUUUCUAUUCUGAUCCUCACUUGGUGGAGAAUCUACGUGAUUUAGUAUGCCAUCACCCUUUCCUGAAACCUCCAGUGGUCACAGCAAGUUUCCUGUCAGGUCUACACAAUGCCUUGUGUUCUUAUGACGAAGGUGAUGAGGAUGCAGUAUUCAAGAUAAAUCUGGAGAAGGACAGAUCUCAAAUUUUCGGAUGGAUGAGGAAGAUAGAAAGUUCAGGUAACUCUAUGCUUGUUGAAGUGUUCGGGUUCAAGAAUAAGAAGGCUGAAGAGAAUCAACGCACAGAGUUACGCAUUCUAAAGGGUGAAGUGCUGGAGUCGGAAGAGUAUGAUAAAUAUCUACACACAGGACCCUAUGUAGACAAUCUGGAGUCCUUCAUAGAAUUCAUGAGACACCUAUUUGAGCACGCCAGGGAUAGGACCAAGGAGAAGAGAAGGGCACUUCUGGGCCAUGAUGGAAGAAUCGCCGAUUCAAAUCAAAAGCCGCGGAAGCAGUACAUGAAUUCACUCGAAGAGACUAUGCUUGCUGCUUCCAUGUAUGUGGGGUCAUAUAUUGUGCGGGUCUUCACCACUCUAGCUACAACUGAUUCCUUCAAAGGAAUGGUUCUUGCAUUCUGGAAUGCAUAUAAAAAUUCUUCAAGCUGCCCAUCAAAUUUCUUGGAGGAUCCAAUGUUAGAGCAAUCAUUACUCUUGCAGCAAGAGGAGGAUGCUUAGGCUCCUCGUAUCUCAAGAAUCAAGAUGAAGAGGGGCUUCCUUUAUGAAGCAGGAGUUGUUCUUUGGUGUCUGCGUACCUGCAAAAUCCCUGAAGUCUGCAUCAUGAAAAACUCGCAUGAUAGUUAUGCAGCUUAAAUUUAAAUGUGUUUGUGUGAUUGAACUUAGAUUCUCUGUAUCGUGGAUUAAUGUUUGUUGUGUUUGUGUGUGAGAACCUACUAUGAUUGUGACUUGUGAGAUACUCAAACUCAGGUUUGUAAGUGUUUCAUGUGUUUUGUGUGUGAUUUCUAGAUCAUUGUGAUGUGACUGAACUUUAUUAUGUGUUAUCCUGCCUA